UUCUUCCAGAAUGGGCUUUUGGAAGGGACAGUUGGAUCCAUUAUGAGCUGAGAAGCAUCCCCAGCACUCACAGCACUCAGAUCCAGCUGAUGGUGCGCACCCGUAUAUCCCACAGCACCCUUCUCAGCUUGGCCUCUGCAGAUUGGACUGGAUACAUCCGACUGGAGGUGGUUGAGGGUUUCUUUAGUGUUAACUUCAGCUUGGGGGACAAAAAUCACUCUCUGAGAAUGAGUACAUUACGUAUAAACAAUGGCCAGUGGGUUCUUCUGACCAUGGAGCGCUACAACAAUGAAUUUACCCUGCGUGUUAACGGCGGUGGAGGUGAUCAAGAAGUGACCUCUGUCUUGGGUACAAAUAGAUGGUUUGAAAUGGAUUGGACAACCAUUGUCCUAGGAAACCGCCUUCCCAAUCAUUCAGAGAGUGAUUUCCAAGGUUGUAUGCGUGAUGUCCAGCUGAAUGGUCAGCCGCUUCUCGUGGAGGGCAAAAGCACGGAGUUUGGCUUAAUUCUGAGGCGGCAAGGUGUCACAAUGGGAUGCCAUUCCAGUGCCUGCAGCAGCCAGCCCUGUUACAGCCCUUUCCUUUGUGUAGACCUGUGGAGAAAAUAUGAAUGCCGGUGUCCAGCUGGGAAAGUAGAAGUGACUGACAACCUUACAGGGCUCAGACACUGUACCUCAUCACCUUGUGGACACUGGACCUGUAGGAAUGGGGGUACCUGUGUGGCUCAAUCCCAAGAUAAGACUAUUUGCCAGUGCCCCGAAGGUUACAAGGGAAGAUGGUGUGAAAUUAGCCAGGUGAAGGCUAGAAGACCUGUUGGACUCAGCUCUGGCUCUAUUCUGGCAAUCAGCAUGUGCCUCCUUGUCUUCCUAGGAUUGGUGAAAGGCCAGAGAUUGGCCAAAAUGCCUUCUAUUUAAAUGGAUUCCUUUAGCACUCUUGGUCUCCUACACGGUGUGGAGUCAGUGGGGAAGUUCAGGGUUUCGGAAAGGAGGAAUUUACCAUAUUCCUGAAGAGCGUGAAAGCUGGGAGGAUGUUAGAGAAAAUGUCUUUAAUUAUAAUGAAGAAGGAGGUGGAGAACGUGACCAGAAUGCUUAUGAUAUACAUGAACUGAAGAAACCUCUCCAUACCAUUCCCCACUUCUCCUUGAGGGCAGCUGCUCCACGCUCCAGGACACCCACUGGCCCCAAAAGAGACUCAUUCCCAAAACAUGCACAUCAGAAACAAUCAACAUCUGCAGUUACCAGUGUCCCAGACUUCAAGAAAUAUGUUUCUCAAAUCAUCUGGGAUGCAGACCAUGAUCUACAGAGUCUUCCAGCUGACACUAUUCACUUUUACUGCUUAGAAGGGCAAUGCUCUUUAGCAGGGAGCCUUAGUUCCUUAGACUCCAUUAGUGGUGAUGAAGACCUAAAUUAUGAUUGCCUCCAAGAGUGGGGGUCAAAGUUUGACAAGCUUAAAGAAUUCUAUAAGGUCUCAAAUGAACAUUUGUAACCAGAGUUAAAGGAACUUGAAACAUUGCCAUGACAUAUGGACACUACUUUUAAAAAUUACUUUUUUUACGUAUAAGGUACAUCAAGU